UGUUCCAGUGUACAUUUCAAGCUGAGUUCAGGGAGCAAUACAAUGCAGUUUUUCCUAUCGUCUUUGACACUUGCCCUAGUUGCUUGUGCAGCUGUUGACUCUGCGAGUAAAUCAGUAAGCAAACGAGAUCUUUGGCAGUCGGGAGCAGUUCAAGAUCAUCCCGGAUUUAUGGGACAGUCGGGAUACUCAGGAUAUUCGGGACACUCAGGACUAGGAGUUCAGCAGUACGGUAACGGUUGGAGUCAGGGUAUCGAAGCACGAAUUCACAUGCCAGAAGCCUAUCAAUAUGGCCACGUGCAAGCUCCAGUGCAUCCGGUUCACGAACAUCCCGAGGAGGAGUCCCAGGAUAAGAUGAAUUUUCAGGAAUGGAAGCCAGUCUAUAGCGACCUCAAGCAUCAUGCAACUGCUGGCACCACGAAAAAUUCUGAACAAGAACAACACAGUCACGAAGAAUGGCAAGAUGAUGAGGACAAGCAUGAAGAACCGGGAAAGCAUCAUCACCACCACCAUCAUCAUCAUGUGAAGGUUAUCGAGGUGCCAAAGCCCUACACCGUUCAUGUCGAAAAGCCAUUCCCAGUGUACGUGGAGAAACCGAUCAUUGUGGAGAAGCACGUGCCGCUGAAGUUGUUGAUUAAGAAGAAGUAUCAUUAA